AUGGACCGCUUCUCAGUGUUGCCCGAGUCCUACCUCUCCGCCAUUGUCUCCUUCUUGCCUUUCAAAGAAGCGGCAAGAACCUGCGUUCUGUCGAAGCGUUGGCGUCACGUUUGGCGUUCGUCGAAAAACAUCGAGUUCGACGAACGUUGCUUUGCCAACGUCGAUGCCGAUAGAGAGGUCCAAAGACAAGUGUUCAUUGAUUUUGUGCGGCAGUGGGUUCAAAACUACCAAGAACCCACCAUGGACAGACUUUCUCUCUCGUUUUCGCAGCCUCAAAAUAACCCAAGGGUUGUGGAAAACUGCAUCGCAUUUGCCCUCGACCGCCAUGUCAAACACCUAGCGCUUGAUUUCUCUGAUCCUACAUGGGCUGUACACGAUCUGGACGAUAUUGCUCAUCCGACGCCGUUUGAUCUGCCUCUGUCUGUUUAUAACCAUCCUCUCGAAUCUUUGACUCUGUCUUCUUGCAACUUCAAUGUGUCCGAGUUCAAGAAUUUUGGGGUGCUUAAAGAAAUUUCGUUGUGUUGGGUUGAAAUGAAGGAAAGCACUACCAAGGCUUUGUUGGCCAACUGUGGGUGUCUUGAGAGUUUGAGCCUGAGACACUGUUGGGACAUGGACAACUUCUUCUGUGUUCGAGUCGGGGAAUUAAAGCUGAAAACUUUGGUGGUUUAUAAGUGCAGGUUUACUUGUUCUUACUUUGAAUUUGAGGCACCAAAUCUGCGUUGUUUGAGGUACUCUGGGACCCUGCCAAAAUUUUGUUUACUCAGAAAUGGAGGCUUGGAUGAGGUGGAUCUUGACUUUGGGCAUGAGACUCAUGGGAAUGAGGCAGUGUCUGAUCUUCUUGGUCAACUCAUCGAUGAAGUCAACCCCAUGAGGGCAUUGACUGUUCUUCCAAUGGGAGAGGAAGGCAUUGGUUCUCCUUUGGGCAUUACACAGUUGACACUAAAAACGACGAUGCAUGACCAUGAACAACACGGCAUCCAGUAUCUCUUGAAAAACUGUCCCCAACUGGAGACUCUGAAAUUCGAAAUAGGCAGCCAUGCCCGUACCAGAAUUAUCAAUUAUACGGAAUAUGAAGCUCCAUGUGCUGACGUGAAACCUGAACAUAUGUGGGACCAGACCAAGAUUAUUUUCCCGUGUGUAACGCAGACUCUGAGAGAGGUUGAGAUGAAGGGCUUUAGGGCGUCGCCAAACGAGAUCGGUUUGAUGUGCUAUCUGCUCCACCAUGGCCGCGUCAUGGAAAAGCUUACUAUUAUUGUUUCAAGCCAAGCGAGCGGUCGUGGAAACCCAGAACUCUACCGAAUGGUAGCUGAAAAGACGCGGGAUUUACCAAGAACGGUACCAGAUCUGCAGAUUAUAAUUAUUUAA